AUGGUGACCCCCCCUGAGAGCGAAAAGGCCAAGCGCUACAUACAGCAGCUGGACGAGGCUCGAUGCGCCGGACGAUGGGCCGACGUGCCUGAGCUGUGUCGCAAGGUCGAGAAGCAUGCGCCGCACCGACGAUGCCUCACCCUCACAGCGCGCUCCGACGCCCAGAUAGCCGCACACAGCACCAAGAGGCCCUCGACCGCCUCCUCUGCCGCCUCCACCACCGGCCUGUCACAGAUCAUACCCUCGUUGCUCGCUACAAUCGAAGAAGAUGGCACGCAGGGUCAAGACGCCUUCCAGGCCAACGUCUGCCUCGGCUGGGCCCAUUACGUGCUGGACGAGCCGGGACUGGCAGUGGCGCGGCUUCCACAGGACUUUGGGGCAGUCGCGACCCAGCUGUCGGGCGAAGCAGGCACGUUGAGCGGCUGGUCUCGGGUGUGUCUGGUCAAGGGCACAUAUCUCAAGGGCUCCGCGCUUGAAAAGACAGGUGCAAUUGGCGAGGCAGCCACCAUCUACUCGUCAAUACUACCCUGGCUGUCCACAACAACCACCCCGAACACCGAAUCGGCCCAGUUCAAAAUGUGGGGAGAGCAGUCUCUCGUCCGCCUCUGUCAGCUGUCCGACCAGUCCAUGGGCUUCAGCGAGCGAAUCAACGCGUCCGAGGCUCUGCGCACCUACCGCUACUGGGCAAAGUUCUGGGAUGCAACCUCCAAGAACGCCGCAUCAGACGUUGGCAACUCAGCACGGUAUCGAAGAUUAGCAUGGAAGGCCUACUACGACUCGCUAUCAACCAUCCUCCGCUAUGACCUCGCCUACGAACCCGAUUCCACGCCCAUCAUACAAGAGAAGCCAACGCCUACCGCCCAGUCAGACGCUCGAUUACGGCAGCGGGCGGAGCUGAAACGCGUCGAGGCUGUCUACGAGAACCUGUUGAUACGAGAGACACACUUUCCCAAAGCCAGCGAGACCAAUCAUGAAGUCGAAACGUGGGUGGAUUCCGUCAUGGACAACUGGCGCCUCCUCUGCGGUCCCACCUGGAGCGACGAUGAUCUAGGCGAGGGUGGAAAAGAGGGUGUUGCGCGAGGCGUGCUUGAUAUCCUCUAUCGAGCAGCCACCAAGACGUACCACUCGACCCAGAUCCUGCGCAACCUCUUCGUUGUCCACGCAUCUCUAGCCGAGCCUGAGUUGGCAUACAAAGCCUACGAUUCUUAUGUCGAGAUCAUCACGCGGAACAAGGAUCGAUCGGAAAAGUCAGGCGAACUCGAGGCUGGCAUUGACGACGACAGCAUCGUGUUGAGGACUUCCGCCGAGGCCAUCAGGAUGCUCUGUAGAUGGGGAUCUAGGCAUGACGCCGAAAAAGCUCUCGAGAUCGCUCACAGUAUCGAGCACUGGUUAGAGCAGGCAGAUCACCUUCGCUCAACGUCUGAUUCCCGCUCAAUUGCUUCGAGCACAUCUUUCGUCGAACCCACAGCCCUAGCUGCCGCCUAUUGCGCCAUUGGCAUCAGUCAAGCACACUGGGCACGGCUCACUUACGAGGUUGAGGCACGGGCCACGAUUCAGGCCAAAGCUGUGCAGUACCUCAGGAAGUCGCUUUCACCUAAUCUCGGCGACGAACAUAAUGUGGAAGCUCUGUACGCCCUCGCUUUGGUUCUCGCUGAAACAAGGGACAUCCCCGGUGCCAUCAAAAUCGCCAAGCGUGCACUUUCUCCGGCAACAAAGGGCACGACGGUCAGUGUAGACGGAGUUUUGUCGGAUGGCAUCACCACUGAAUAUGGGCGCGAACGCAAGUUGAUACCCGUGUGGCAUCUUCUUGCCCUGCUUUUGACGUCGAGGUCUGAGUUUACCGCUGCUGAGAAGGCAUGCGAGGCGGCUUUCGAACAAUUCGGCGAUCCUGCUGUCCUGUUCGGCCGUGAUUCGGGCGCAUUCCGAAGCGAACACCUCCAAGAGGCUGCCGGUCAAGAGCCUCUUGAAUCUGGCAUUGUUGAUCGUAUGGAACGUUUCGAAAAAAGCAAUAUACUGCAGAUCAAAAUGACGCAGCUGUCGCUUCUCGAGAUCACCGAUGGUGCCACCGCUGCGGUUGACGGAUGUGACGAGCUCCUUGCACUGUACGGUCGACUGUUCGGCGAUCCGGCAGCUGACAAAGUCAAGACUCCACCCGAACCUGCGUCGCUGGCGCCUCCAAAGACCGCCUCGGGCACACGAGGUAGUAUCUUCCGCGGACGAGGGUCAGUCAGAACGACUCAGCAAGAAAAUGUUGAUCGAAGUAAAUCUGUGGUCAGCUCCAAGACAGCUACCACACAACCGGAAGUGCCUCCUGCAAUUCAAGUCACCGAUGACAACGGCGCAGCUCCUACUAACGGUCAUCAUCGACACCAUCUGUUCCACCACCACAAGCAGGAUGAUGGUCAGGCCGGCAAAGACACCGUUCCAGAGGUACCACCGCUUCCAGAACACGUUCCAAACAGCACUCGUGCACGCAGUAGCACUGCAAACUCAAAAUCGCCUCGACGCAUUUCCAAUCCCAGCUCUCCAGGAAAGUCAAUAGAAAAGGGUGACACGCCACUUCCACCCGUCGCCCAUAACCUAGAUCACUCCUCUCCGCCCUUGGGUCACGAAGAACAACCACCCAGACAGGACACUCGCUUGCCUUCGCGCCUGCCACAUGCUGACUACAUACCUGCGGAUCCCCACUUUUCCAAAAUCCAAGAACGUCGUCAAAAAGUCUCGUUGCUGGUCAGCAUAUGGAUCUUUAUUUCUGGACUAUAUGCGAGAGCGCACAUGUUUCAAGAUGCCAGAGAGGCCGUUGCCGAGGCAUUGAAGCUGGUCGAAACAUUUGAAGCAGAGGUGUCAUUGGAACACUCAACGGCCAAGGCGCUAGCUGACAAGGGGUGGGGUGGUGGAAAGAGUGUUGAGGAGUUGUGGGCGGAUGUGUUCGCUGCUCGCGCAGAACAGCUUGUAGCCCAGUCGAUGAAGCAUGAAGCUCGUGCAGACUUUGAGCGCGCUCUACAACAUUUCCCAGACCACCCUGAAGCCAUCGUCGGUCUUUCAAACAUCCUUUUGGAUAUCUACAGUGAGGUCAUACCGCUGGAGCCUGCCAACACCGACGCCAUCUCUCCUCCGCUACAGUCAUCGGCCUCUUCAAUUCAUACAAAGACGUCGACAUCGAAGACCCAAUACCUAACCUCUCACACACCGUCAGUAGAGAACCAGCUCUCGUCACCCACGCUCACCCGUCUCGCGGCCCGCGACCGCGCAUUUGGGCUACUCUCCACUCUCACAAAGCUUGGUGCCGGCUGGGACUAUUCGGAAGCGUGGUACGCGAUGGCUAGGGCCUACGAGGAGAGUGGACAAAUCGACAAGACAAAAGAGGUGCUCUGGUGGUGUGUAGAACUGGAAGAUACGCAUCCCGUGCGCAACUGGAAGGUAGUCACCACGGGCGGUUUUGUACUUUGA